CAGUAUGUAAGUGUGUGGCCUGAGUCAUUCUGUAACUGCACAAGUAACAAGAAAGUGAUCGGGACGACUGCAAGAACCUGCCUAAGGAAUACACUCCUUUUCACUGUUUUGAUUUUUCAUCUGGGCUCUUCAGAAUUCAUCUGCAGCUUACCUUGGCGUGACUGUAUGUGAGCUGCUGUCAGCCUUCAUUCUCCCUGUCUAAACAUGGACAAUCCAUGCUGCUGCAGUCACCAGGGCUCCCUGACAAUUGUAGCUCCAGAGUAAUGACAACUGUUGGAGACCAGAAGUGGAAUGAAGGCAGACAGGCCGGUAAUGAAGAAGUUCUCAGAUGACAUUUAACUUACUGGAUUUUUUUUUUGUCUUUUCUGCUUUGUGCAGCAUUUUCUUUAUGGGCUGUCUCAUUUCAGGUUGCUAAAGUAUAGGAUAGUGAUAAAAUAAUAGGAAUUGUCUGCGCUAAGAGGAUCAAUAGCUUAGUCACUGUUGUCACAGGCACAAGGCUACUCGUCAUAUUGUAUAGAGUUUGAGAAUGCAGGCGACAGCAAGGAAAAGGAAGGCUGCGAGUGAAUUAUUCCAGACGGUGUUUACAAUAAGUGCUCUCCUGAAGUCCAGAAGACAAUGGAUUGUGGAUCUUAUACGGCUAUUUAAUUAAUUAAAGAAGCAAAAAAAUAUAUAUAUAUAACUGAAAGAUUUGAAAUGUUUUGUUCUUUUGCAUUCCACUUAUAUUUUUACAUCCUGAUUUCAAAUUUAUAAUAAAAAUGUGGCUCAAGGAGUUUGAAAUCCUUGCUGGAAGAAUACCAAGAAAAAGGCACGCAAAGGACAUUACAAUGAUGUUUCUAUUAUUUAACUAUAGAACAUCACAUUAAUUUGCUUUCUGAUUCCAAUUUUUGUUACUGUACUUCUUAUGGAGUUCUCCUUAGCGCCUUAUUUGUGCUUCAUUUGACUUAAAGUAUAGCUGCCUUACUUUGUAACAAGAACCAUUUUUAUGGUGUCUCUCCAUAAAGGUUAAAAUUUAACAGCAUUUGGAGUAAAGAGUUCCUAUACUGACAAUAGUGCAUUUUGAAAUAUGAGCAUGGCAUAAACUGACAUGUACAGCAUAAUUGAAUAAUUUAAAGUCAUCCUCAUGUUUUGCUACAUUUUAAUGAAAAUGAAUUGCAUUACAACUAGCCUAUAUUUCUUGGAAUGUCUCCAAUACUUCUAAUGGAAUAUUUGGAUUUCUCAAAAAUCUCUUCUAAAUGAAGCCUGGAAACAUUCAUGUGGGACGGGAGAAGAAAAUGAUGCAUGUCAAUAAUUUCCCAUUUAGGAGGCAUUCCUGGAUAUGUUUCGAUGUGGACAAUGGCACAUCUUCAGGACGAAGUCCCUUGGACCCGAUGACGAGUCCUGGUUCAGGACUCAUCCUCCAGGCCAACUUUGUUCACAGUCAACGACGGGAGUCCUUCCUGUACCGCUCAGACAGCGACUAUGAGCUCUCACCGAAAUCCAUGUCCAGAAACUCCUCCAUUGCUAGUGACAUGAAUAACUGUCAUCAGAGGCCAAGUUUGGUUUCUCGGAGAUCAGAGCCAGUUCUUAAUGGAAAUCAUGGAGAUGACCUGAUUGUAACACCAUUUGCACAGGUGUUGGCUAGUUUGAGGACAGUGCGGAAUAAUUUUGCUGCAAUAACAAAUUUACAGGAACGUGCCUCAAACAAGCGAUCACCCAUGUGUAAUCAGCCACCCAUUAACAAGGCCUCCUUUACCGAGGAGGCCUACCAGAAGCUGGCCACCGAGACUUUGGAGGAGCUGGACUGGUGCUUGGAUCAGCUCGAAACACUACAGACAAGGCAUUCUGUCAGUGAGAUGGCCUCUAAUAAGUUUAAAAGAAUGCUUAACCGAGAACUUACACACCUCUCUGAAAUGAGCAGAUCUGGCAAUCAGGUCUCAGAAUACAUCUCAAACACAUUUUUAGACAAACAGCAUGAAGUGGAAAUGCCCUCUCCAACACAGAAAGAGAAAGAGAAGAAAAAAAGGCCAAUGUCCCAAAUUAGUGGGGUAAAGAAAUUAAUGCACAGUUCAAGUUUAACAAAUUCAAAUAUUCCACGAUUUGGGGUGAAGACAGAAACAGAAGAUUCUUUGGCAAAGGAGUUAGAAGAUGUUAAUAAAUGGGGCCUUAAUGUAUUCAAAGUUUCAGAGUAUUCGGGAAAUAGGCCAUUAACGGUCAUUAUGUACACCAUUUUCCAGGAACGGGAUUUAUUAAAAACAUUCAAAAUUCCUCUAGACACAUUUAUCACUUAUCUGAUGACAUUAGAAGAUCAUUACCACACAGACGUUGCAUAUCAUAACAAUAUUCAUGCUGCAGAUGUUGCUCAAUCAACCCAUGUGCUGCUGUCCACCCCUGCUCUGGAGGCUGUCUUCACAGAUUUAGAGAUUCUUGCUGCCAUUUUUGCCAGUGCUAUCCAUGACGUAGAUCAUCCAGGAGUCUCCAACCAGUUUCUUAUAAACACAAACUCUGAGCUCGCCUUGAUGUACAAUGACUCAUCGGUGUUGGAGAAUCAUCAUCUGGCUGUGGGCUUCAAGCUGCUACAAGAGGAGAACUGUGAUAUAUUCCAGAACCUGACCAAAAAACAGAGACAAUCACUGCGGAAGAUGGUUAUUGACAUUGUCCUUGCAACAGACAUGUCCAAGCAUAUGAAUUUAUUAGCAGACUUGAAAACUAUGGUUGAAACCAAAAAAGUUACCAGCUCUGGAGUCCUUUUAUUAGACAAUUAUUCAGACAGAAUACAGGUUCUGCAAAACAUGGUUCACUGCGCAGAUUUAAGCAAUCCUACCAAACCACUUCAGUUGUAUCGGCAAUGGACAGACCGUAUCAUGGAAGAAUUUUUUAGUCAAGGAGACCGGGAAAGGGAAAGGGGGAUGGAAAUCAGUCCGAUGUGUGACAAGCACAAUGCAUCUGUUGAAAAAUCACAGGUUGGCUUCAUAGACUACAUUGUUCAUCCUCUCUGGGAAACUUGGGCUGACUUGGUUCACCCAGAUGCACAAGACAUCUUAGAUACUUUAGAGGACAAUCGAGAAUGGUAUCAGAGCACAAUACCACAGAGCCCUUCGCCUGCCCCCGAUGACCCAGAAGAUGGGCGGCAGGGUCAAACGGACAAGUUCCAGUUUGAACUGACUCUGGAGGAAGAUGGUGAAUCAGACACAGAAAAAGACAGUGGUAGCCAGGCUGAGGAGGAUGAUAACAGCUGCAGUGACUCUAAGACCCUCUGCACUCAAGACUCAGAGUCCACAGAAAUUAAUCUAGAUGAGCAAGCUGAGGAAGAAGAGGAGGAAAGGAUCACCUCAGAACCAUGUAUUGUGGAAGAAGACCAGCCUGUUGACACAUAGCAGUGCAGAUGGCAUGUACAAAAACAAUACAAUUAAUAAUAACUAUUAAUAAUAAUAAUAACAAUAGUAAAAGUUCCAAAGCGCACAUGUUGCACACCAUAACCUUGGCCACUCCUCAUUCUCAUCUGUUUGGACAGAGUAUUUCAGAGACUGCUAGUAGUUCUGUUACUUUGCACUCAGGAAUAUUACACCAGAAACAGAAGCUUUCAAGAGCAGCGUGUCAGCUUUUGACAUUUGGCUCCCAGACUGAGAUAUGUGGUGGUUGUACUGGAUUCCAAUGAAUCGAGAUGUGUCCAAAAUGCUGAAGCGUAAACUGUUCAGGAAAGCAAUGGUGAAAGAAAAGAGUUGACAUUACACGUGUGUUUGUGUGAAUGUGUGUGUGUGUGUGUGUGUGUGUCUUUAUAUAUUUUUAGUAUAGAGUGAAAUACUAAUUAUAUGUAUAGUUGCACACAUAUGAGCGCACACAUUUGGAAAAUAUACUGUACAGUAUACCACAGCAGUCUGGAUGGCUUCCUAGCAGGACUCUUACAAAAAGCAAGACAGUGUGAAAAGCGCAUUGCAAACUAAACAGUUCAACAAAGAACAUUUAGAGUGGAUUAACAAUACUUUUUUUGUAAAUUUCAAGUCUUCCUUGAAACUUGACUGAAAAAAAAAAAAAACAAAUACACAGCAUUUGGGCUGUUUUGACCUCUUGAGUUUUGUAUUGUAUGUAAAAUGGAGCUCUUUUGUAGAUUUUACUUUUAAUAUUACAGAUUAUAAAGAUAUUAUAUUUAAAAAAUAUUUUAAAACUUUAAUCUGCCAUCAUUUUUGUUCUUUUUUCUUUUCUCAAAAGUAACUUGCAAGUUGGCUGUACUAAUCAAGAAUUAGCAUCAAUACUCACAAACACUGUGUAGUCUAAGUCUGCGUCCUUUUAAUAUACCGUGUGUUCAUUUCUGAAUAGGCACACUUACCUGAGAAGUCGCCAUGCAGUACAAAACAUCUCUUGAAAGUUUGAAAAGCGAAACAGUUCUGGUUGUCUAAAGAAAAAGCACAGAAGGACUUUCACCUUUUAACAUCACUGUUGCCUUAUGGUUACAAGACCCUGCUAACACAUGCUAGCAUGACCCCGCAUAGUGGAUGUUUGACACGAGGCUACUGCAGCUUUUACCCACGCUUCUCUUACCAGGCUACUCGUGGUUUGGCUACUUUUUACUGGAUGCGUAAAGCUUGUAAACCACAAAGCUUUUUUUUUUUUGGCAGGUGAAGGGUUUUAAAACUGCUGAUGUGAGGAGAAAGAUCUCAAAAGUCCUUUUCAUAGGUCCAGUGAAAGGUAUCAACACAGAGACUCGAGUUAUUGAUAGGGCCGAUGGAGGAGCUGUCGUCCAAAGUAUUAGGAGAGACUGAAAAGAGAAGUUCAAACUCUAAAAGAAUUCCCAUAAUGUUUUGUACGCAAUAUAUUCCGACAGUUCACCCUCGGUGCUUUUGAUGUAGCAUUUGGUUUGAUAAAUUUCUUUGGAACUUAACACGUUGUCAUUUUUACUACUGUAUAGUGUGUUUUCUAUUUAUAUACACUGACAGUGUGAAUACGUUUAGUUACACAGUUUAUAGAUCCCUCCCAUGUGCAACGUGCCUGCACUGAAGGGGCACCAUAGUCUUGUUUUGUCCUUAUCGUUAGGGGUCACCAAACACAAGACAAUCGACUGCACAUUUAGAGCUUUUUAGUCCGAGUUCCUUGCACAUGAAGAGUACUGACAUGUUCUUAAUCAAUGUCUGCUUGCCAAAAUUAAGACCUAAAACCAGGGGGGGCUUCACAGUGCCCUUUGCCUAGUAUUGUCUUCUUAUUGAGUUUUCAUUUGCCACAUUAGAGUCCAGUCCAUUAAAAUAUUCAUAGCAUGCCGAAACGUACAUUUUAGCUUGCAAGUUACUGGAUCUACAUGCUUUUAUGGUUUCAUUUUGCUCUUUUUUAGCAAGAGCAUGUAGAUGGAACAAAUAUUUUUUAAACUUGAAUAGCUCUGGCUUUUACUGACAUUUAAAGAAAAAGAGGUUAUUUUUGGAAUACAUUGUUGAAUUAUUUUGUGCCAUGCCAUUUUUUUUCCUCACCAUAUGCCCUUACCUGUAAUACAGUCUCUUGUUUGUCUCUGUUUACAACCAUGUAUUUAUUGUGCUGUACAUACUAUAAUGUUUAUUGUAAAUUAUCGAUUCUUAUUAUUAUAUCAUCCCUUAUUGGGGGUGGUGUUUCUGUAUUUGGAAACUCUUGGGGAGAGAAUGAUUAUAUAUAUAUAUAUACCUAUUCUAUGUAAAUUUAUCUUCUGUAAUAUAUGUCACCUUAGAGCUUGUAAAUGAAAAAUUUGGGAAAACCAAACCCGAUUCUAAAAAGCCGCAGGUCUUUGGUCCCAGGGCUGUGCCUUAACGUAUUGGUUGAUUUUUCUUCUGUUGUGCUCCUGUAUUAGGAUGUCUUUAUGAAUGUUUGGCUUGAGCUGGGCAUUUUAAGCUGGAAUACUCAACUGCAUUUUGUUUUGGACAUGUAAAAUAUGGUCUUUAAUUCCAAUACAAGUUAAAAAGUUUUACUUAGAAUUCAGAACAUUUAAUUCAUCCUUAAUAAAGCAAGAAUCCCAUCGGCUGCUUUAUUAUUAAGAUGUUCUGUCCUGAAACCAAAAUGUAACUGAGUGUUGAAAAAAUGUUAUUGGAAUUACAAGACACUCACACACAAUUGUUCAUACAUUGUAAACUGAUACCUUUUUGUCUUUUCUUGUAAUGUAUACUCUUUCGUCUUUAUGUAGCUUUUUAAACUAACACUAUAAAUGUGUUUAGAAAUGCACAAAGCCUUUGUUUAAAAGCAGUAGUAAAGAAAGACUUUGAAGGCAA